UCUUGAUACAACAAUGGACAGUGGCAGUGUGGUUAGUGAACCAAUAUCGGAUGCACAUCGUGCAUUUGCUAAACAAAAAUCAGCGUCUAUGACAAUUUUAAAUCCAAAAUCAACCAAAUAUAGUUUAUUACAAGACAACACAAAUACCAAAGCCUUUAACAAUGCUGAUUCAGAUAAUUUAUGUACCAGUCUGACACAAAGUGCUACCACAGGUCGUAGACGUAAAGGUUCGUCAUUGGCUGGAACAUUGUCGUCCCGCUCGACACGUGGUGAAUGCAAAGAAUUGCGUUCAGCCUUACAGGAUCGUGAAACAGUCAUACAAAAUCUUCGCAUACAAUUAUGUUUGGGAAAACUGCCAAGACCCUCAGGACCACCGCUGGAUGAAGCCGAUAAACCAGCUGCCGAGCAAAAAUUACAAAAACUCAAAACCGAAGCCGAAAAUAAGAAAAUUAAAAUUAAGAAUUUAAAAGGGGCCUUGGACAAAUUAGAUAUUACAGAUAACAUAGAUGUGCGCAUUAGGCAAGCAGAACUUGAAUAUGCUUUGGGUCGUGAGGAGCUGCAAUUGCUUUCCAUUGUUGAAGAGGCUCGAGCAUUGCAGGCACGUUUGGAAAAGUCAAAAGUUCAACCCCAAAGUCUUUACCAUCUUCUCAGCAGUGGCAUCUCAGUCGGCUUACACGCUGUCCAGGCCACCACUGGACGUUGGGCUUCCCAAGAAAUUCCCGAAGGUUCGGGGGUUUUCUAUGUCGAAUGGGCCUUAGAAGGCGAUGGUCUCUACAAGGGAGAUCGUAUUUUAGAAGUCAACGGCAAAUUAGUCACAUGCAAAACCAAAGAAGAAUUCCAAAAAUCCAUAGGCAAUACUGGCAAAUGUCAACUCGUGGUGCUCAGGCGGAAACCGGCAGCAAUACCACAAAAACAAUUGGACCAAGAGAAGGAAAAUAAUUUACGUUUGCAACAUCGAAUCUCCUAUUUGGAGGAACAAGUUAAAGAGCUACAAUCCAGCAAACUUGAACAUGAACAGCUGCAGCUACAAUUACAGCAACAACAAGCACUCCAACAGCUACAGCAACAACACCAACAACAGCAGCAAGAAAAUCAAUUGCAUGGCCACGUCACCAGCAUAAGCAUAUCAUCGCCACCAUCUACACCACCAGAUAAGCCUUUAAUAUUCCAAAGAGGUAAUUACAUUACGACACUGGUGGGUGGCAAACCCAUUGAGCUGUUGGGCGACGAAACACCCACACCACCGGAAAUAGAAAUAAAACGACACAAUGUCCUGACCAAAAGCAAAUCGGCUGCGCAUAUCACAAAAACCUUGAUACGUGAAAACAGUCAACACGACAUAAAUUUAACCAUAUCCAAUAGAGCCCUUUCGUCCUCCAAAAUAUCCGUGAACAGCGACUCGAAUACUGGUCAGAAAAAGGACAAGGAAAGGCAAAAAGAACGCUACGAGAGAAAUGGUGUAAGCAGUAAAAAUCAAUUACAUGCACGAAGUGUGGAGCAUUUAAAUCACAUGAAUGGGUAUUGCGAACGCCGCCGUGAUACUCCACGCAGCACUGAUAUUCACACAUUGAGAGCCCGCUUGACUUGUGAUAUGCGCAGUGUCAAGUCUCUCGAUUUCGAUAGUGAUAAUGAAACAAAUCGCCCCCGUUUACGUGCUCAGCAGUCCAGUGAUACAAUGUCAGAGGCUCGUACCAUUAGACCAACACCACCCAAAAAACCGUUGCGUUUAUCACUGCAGAGAGCCCAAAGUCUACAGACCGUAGAAUUGAAUGCGAACAAUGAAAUGGAACGUAAACGUCCCGUUAAACGGGCCCAUAUGAAUGAAAAAUUAUCGCUGAAUUGCGAUAAACAUCUGGACAAUGGCCACAGUUUGCUUAUUGAAAAUUGUCGACAUGCCGUUGUUUCCAACUCCGGUUCAUCGUCAAUGCAUACGUCAUCAUUGGGACGCCAUCGACAUAACCUAUGA